AUGAGCUCCAGGAGGUUGACGACUGAAGAAGCUUUAUCACUGCUUUUCAACUGGGAUAGUGAUGAAGAAGAAGAUGUUUCAGAGACUGAGGAUCUUUCAGAGGCCGAGGACAAUGUUAUUGAUGAUCCAGACUGCCAAUUUUCAGACGAGGAGGAGGAUUCUGAGGGAGAGUGUGCCGCCAUCUCUACAUCAAAUGAAAACCAACGAAUGCAGCAAUCAUCAUCCACAGAGGAGACAUGGACAUCUAAAGAUGAAAGGAUCAUACUGGACAUGACUAACCUGGAAGGGAGGCGUGUAUUUCAAGAGAAGUGGAAGCCACUGGAUCAGACUGACUUGCAUGCUUAUAUUGGAAUUCUGAUAUUAGCUGGAGUAUACAGGUCCAAGGGAGAAGCAACUGCAAGUCUAUGCAAUGAAGAGAAUGGAAGGCCAAUCUUUCGAGCAACUAUGUCUUUGAAGACAUUUCUCAAGAUAUCUCGUGUGAUCAGAUUUGACAACCGUGAAACCAGAGCUGGUCGACGUGACAGAGACAAACUUGCUGCAAUCAGAGAUGUAUGGGAUAAAUGGGUGGAAAUUCUACCUUUGUUGUACAACCCUGGUCCCCACGUUACUGUUGAUGAGCGCCUUGUCCCAUUCAGGGGUCGCUGUCCUUUCCGACAGUAUAUGCCCAACAAGCCGGCCAAGUAUGGCAUCAAAAUAUGGGCAGCCUGUGAUGCAGAAUCUAGCUAUGCAUGGAAUAUGCAAGUGUACACUGGAAAGCUACCUGGAGGAGCAUCUGAGAAGAAUCAGGGGAUCCGUGUGGUGCUGCAGAUGAGUGAAGGGCUGCAAGGGCAUAACAUCACCUGUGACAAUUUCUUUACAUCCUACUGGCUUGGAGAGGAACUUCAGAAGAGAAAGCUGACUAUGUUGGGAACAAUCAGAAGAAAUAAGCCAGAACUUCCCAGUGAAAUUUUGAAGAUGCAGGGAAGAUCUCUGCAUUCCUCAUUAUUUGUUUUCACUGAGAAAGCAACAGUUGUUUCAUACAAAGAAAAACAAGAAUGUUCUUGUCAUGAGCACAAUGCACACAGAUGCAUCUCUGAGCACAAGAGAUGACAAA